CUCCACCCCCAAAGUAUCCAAAGAACAACCGCCGGCCGACGACUCUCUUGUCAACUCAACAACAGUUCAGUUCGAAAGCAAACAUGGCGCUUGAUUUCGCAGCCACUUACAAGGUUCUGGUGCUAGGUGACUCGAACGUUGGGAAAACUUGCAUCGUGCACCGUUAUUGUGACGAACGUUACUACGAUACUUAUAUAUCAACGAUAGGUAUCGAUUUCAAGCAAAAAAUAAUUAACUUGGAUGGAACGCCAAUUAAACUUCAAAUUUGGGAUACUGCUGGUCAAGAGCGAUUUAGAGCGCUAACAACAGCUUAUUAUCGCGGUGCCAUGGGUAUCCUUCUGAUGUAUGACGUCACUAGCUUAGAAAGUUUCAAUCAUUUAUCCUACUGGCUACGAAAUAUUCAAGAAAACGCCUCGCCAGAUGUAGUGAAGGUAGUUGCAGCAAACAAAUGUGACGUUACCGCGCAUAGGGCUGUUGAUGCGGAAAGGGGGCAGAAAAUAGCCGAGAAUUUCGAUAUGCCUUUCUUCGAAGUGUCUUGUAAGGAAAAUAUAAACAUCGAGGAAGCUUUCCUUACUUUAGCUAGAAGAAUAAGAGAGCAACGAGGACGUCGGGCUAGUUUGUUCGAAGCUUCCGAAAGGGAAGGAGCCAACAAUAUAGUUAUGUCCGAAGAACGGUCUCACGUCUCGGUUUCGGUAUCCGUCCCUUCCGCUGAACCUUGGAGGUGCGCAUGUUAGUUGCUAUAAUUAUGGAGAAUAAUAUCGAGACACGAUAUACUUCGAAUAUCAAUAAAUACGAAGUAUCCACUCCGGGCAAGAUUUUAUCUUUUAUGGUUACGCACAAAAAUAAAAGGAGAAGAAGUGCGUUAUUUCAAUAUAUGUAAGUGUAGGAUAAACUCUGGUAAGUUCGUGAUAACCUCAACAUUUUUCUAUUAGCUGUUAACAUUCGCGUACUUUGUAGCCGAAUUGAGGGUGUAACGGUCUACCAAUUUAAUCUAUUAACAGCGUUUUUGCGGCUAUUUAAUUUUGUACACAGUGUACAUAUUUAUUUGAGCUUUAUUGUCGUAACUAAUAGCGUGCAUUACAUAGGGAAAGAUCAUUUGUUCCUGACGAUGUAGCGGUGCAUCGAGAACGUGCUAUCAACUAAAAGUAAGAUUUAUUUUACUGAAACUUAUCGGUUUCGUGGUAAUUACAAAAGAAAUAAAAACUUGGUUACUAUUACGUUUCUAAUAUUUCAGUUAGUUUCUAAAGCAGCAAAUAAAUGCUAUAUAUAUGUAUAAACAAGUAGCAUUAAUUAUAUUAAAAGUUACACUAAUAUGUAAUCCUCUUUUAGGACAAAGAAACACUCUGUUACCUCGUCACGCUGGUUUCAGUCGAUUGAUUUUUAGCACGAUAUAAACUAGAACACCGACGCUAUGUGUUAAUUGUUUAUUUUAUUAAAUUGAAAUUUAAUUAAAUUUCGAACGAAUUAAAUUUUGUGCUAGCGACGAGUGAAAAAAUAUCACGAACUAAGCAGAGCUUAUUUUACACACUAUGCGAUUUACAGCGAUGUGAACGAAUUUGUCGAGUAAAAUUUUACGAAAGGUAGGAGUCGUGAGCCUCGGAGAGGCAAGGCUAGAAGAUGAGAAAGCAAGAGAUAGAAAGAGAUUUUUGUAUGAAGGCUAGAUAUUAUAUGUACGUCUACGGUGUAGCUAAUGACUUGUCACUUGUCACAAAUACUUCAAGCCAUAUUGCAAAUAUUAUCGUGAAUUUUGCACUAUUCCUUUUUUAAUGGUUUUAAAGCGCCGAACAAGUGAUACAAUUCGUUGGACGCAUAUAUCGUUCGCGCUAAUAUUCGCGUUAAUAUACGAUUGUACGUACUGCGUAUUAACGAGUAGAGCAACGCAAAUCGUAUACAUAACAAGAGCACAAUUAUAUAUGUACUAUGCUAAGCGUUAUUGUUAUUACUGAAAAGAGAGAGAGACUCGUACUUUACAUCAACUUAUGUAUGCUCUGACGUUGCAAAAACUUUACGUGCCCUACUAAAAAGCCGAUAUGAUUAUUUCAUUUUUGACAAAUUAUUGAAACAGCCACAAAUUAACUUUGAUAUACACAUGCACGAUAGAAGAGCCCAUUUGCAAUGACAAUGUUUUCAACUGCAGUAAAUAACGAACAGCUGUUCGCUGUUGUGUAUCGUCAGGGCAACUUUGAAAAUGGUUGAUAAUGAAAUUCGCGUGUAACUGUUUAAAUAAAAGACGAAAUAACAUUGUGACAUCUGUGGGUCGGUCACGAUCGUUUCUAACGGGAGGAAACAUAAGAGACACCCAUCAACCUUUUGUAAUAAUCAAUAACGUUCAUGUGAAAUUAAAGAGGCUGAAGCACUUAAUAAAUUUGCGAUAAAAUAUGUAUGACGUUCGUUCAUACUAACCAGCGAAACAUACGGUGCAACUGUACAAGAAAAACGUUUUAUAACAUUUUAAACAGUCCUAUUAUAUUAAAUAUACUAUGUUACAAAUUGCUUCUUAGCAAUAAUUUUGCACAAUUUUACUCGUAAGUUUUACUCGAACUAACUGCUGAUCUUUUAUAACAUAAUUGUAGUUUCAAAAGUUUUCAGAAUUGUUUUUCUUCGCUCGUACCACAUUUAGUUGUGCGUUGUGCGGAAAAUCGUGCGUGAAAACUUGUUAUCGUCGUUGAUUCUCUGAUUUAACGAUUGAUUAACCCUCGGAUGCCAAAGCACACGACAUCACAGCCAGUCAUUUUUCUCCCAUACACAUACGUACGUACAUACUUAGUUUCAGACCCCCGUUUCUUUCGUUGUUUUAUUGAUAGCAAAAUUAUAUAUUUGUAUAUUAUUAAAGGAAUUAAUAUUUAACAUUAUUUACAUAUACUUAUAUAAAAUUAAAUUAUGUAGUAUUUGUAACGCAAUUUUUUCAAGGAAUUUCCUUACCAGAUAAGAACAGGAAGACAUAAAUAACAGAGCGAAUGUCGUUCAUAAAUGUUUUUGCAUAUUCAUGAAAAUUACGAAACUUACAAAACUAUAAACCACGAUAUGCGACAACAAUCAAGGAUUCUAUACAACUAUACAAACUAUAUCGAAUAAUGAAAAUUAUAAAUACGUACAACUGUUUGAUUUCGUUCGCAGUUCAAGUCUGAAAUGGCUCGAUCACGAUCGGCCGAGGGUUCAAUCGAAUUUAUUUACAAAUUAUAAAUAAUACAUUUGAAAGUCACAUAUAUGCGCAACUAUCGGAUAUUACAAGCUGCAAGCAGUACAUAUGUAUAAUAUGUACUUACGAACAUUUGGAUAAACUUGCUUAACGUUCACACAAGGCCUAAAGAAACAGAUAUCGAUGUUAUUGAUACAGUAUCUUCCUGUUGCUUCGAGCAUUCGCACGAUCUCAUUCGCGUAAGACGUAAGACAUACAUAGAUACUUCGUUUAAGCGUUUAAUAUCACAAUCGCCACCAUAAAACGGCACGCAUGCAAAAAGAUGUGGACAUUGCCAACGCUAUUAACCGAGGACCAUUGCUUUUCCAUUAAUGAAGAAGCGUGUGUGUUUUGUAAUUGCAUCGAAAUCGGACAUACCGACAUACAGACGUUCGAUGUACUUAAGGAUUUGAUUUCAAGGAAAAAAGGUAGUCACUUUCUUGUACUUGAAAUAUAUUAAGAUUACGAUCGAAAGGCUCAUAACAAUAUCGGUUUACGAUAAAUAAAUUGAUGGAAAUAA